CUGAAUUGCCAGAUUUGCUCCUCUCUCUAAUCUUUCUUCUUCUUCAUGCUCUCUUUUGGUCUACCUUCCGGCGGACAAAGAAUGUGCUUUCAGGAUGAAGCUUCCUUACUUUAUGCCUGGUCAUUGAGGUAACACAGAUGAAAGAGAUAAGUAGGGUGGAUUCCUAGCAGUAAAGGUGAAUUAUCUGUGAGCUUGUAAAAAGACGAUUCGUCUGGGAGGUGAAAAUGUUGGAGAAUGACUAGAAAAAAUAAAUCUGAGACACUAAGGUGGCCUGUUUCACAUGGUUAGCAGCCCAUCAAUCUUGUUUAACACAUAAGGAUUCGAUUAAUGAAGUUUGAAUAUUUGGUUGAUGCUUGAUUGUAUUCCCUGAUGCUAUGGAAACAGCAACAGUAAGGACAGAGACAUUUUUCUUUCUUUUAAGUUGUUAAGGUAAGCUGUUGAAAUUUGAGUGUUAUGUUCUGAAACUAGUCGGCUGAUGCCUUUGUUUUCCCUGUAACAAAAAGGGGUUCUCUGAAUGACAGAGACUUAAAAACAUUUUUCUCUCCUUUUUUGUUGGUGCAAUCCAGAUCCGCCUAUUUAUGAUGUUAAUUGGUUUAAUUUCAACAGCGUUCUUGGUUUCACCCCCCACCCCCAGCACCUUAAUCUCUUUCAUUUGAUUUUGUAGGUUAAUUUUUUGUAACCUUUUGUUAAAACUAGUUUUAUGCAUUUCAGGUUGUUAAUGUAUUACUAGAUUGAUGAUAGGGAAGUUUGAUCCAGAUGGAUGAUUUACCAGCUGAAUUACUUCUGGAUAUUUUGGGAAGGAUUAAAAGAACUGUUGAUAGAAACUCUGUAUCCUUAACUUGCAAACACUUUUACAAAUUGGAUAAUGGGCUGAGAAUAUCUAUGCGCGUGGGGUGUGGUUUACAUCCUGUCUGUGAUGCAUUAACUGCUCUAUGCAACAGAUUCCGUAACUUGGAGAAAGUGGAAAUUAUUUACUCUGGUUGGAUGUCUAAGUUAGGGAAGCAGUUGGAUGAUAACGGUCUUCUCAUCCUUUCAAGUUGUUGCCCUCUCCUCAAGGACCUCACAUUAAGUUAUUGUACUUUCAUAACGGAUGCUGGUCUUAGUUACUUGGCUUCUUGUUCAAAACUUACAUCCUUGAAGUUAAACUUUGCUCCCAGAAUUACUGGUUGUGGAAUCUUGUCUCUUGUUGUGGGCUGCAAAGCCCUUUGUGUGCUUCACCUGAUUAGAUGUCUUAGUGUCAGUAGUAUGGAGUGGCUAGAAUAUCUUGGAAAACAUGAAAUGCUUGAAGAUCUCUGCAUUAAGAAUUGUAGGGUGAUCGGAGAAGGUGAUUUGAUUAAACUUGGACCUACAUGGAGAAAAUUGAGAAGACUGCAAUUUGAGGUUGAUGCCAACUAUAGAUACAUGAAACUUUAUGACCGUUUGUCAGUUGACCGGUGGCAAAACCAAUGGAUCCCAUGUGAGAACAUGGUUGAACUUAGCUUAGUGAACUGUGUUAUCAGCCCUGGGAGAGGGCUUGCGUGUGUAAUUGGGAAGUGCAAGAAUUUGGAAAAGAUUCACUUAGACAUGUGUGUUGGGGUAAGGGACUGUGACAUAGUAUGUUUGGCCCAGAAAUCAAGCAACCUUCGAUCAAUCUCUCUCCGGGUUCCAUCAGACUUCUCCCUUCCUCUGCUACAAAACAAUCCAUUGUGGUUAACAGAUGAAAGUCUAAAGGCACUGGUUCAGAACUGCUCUUUGCUUGAAACGGUUAGGUUGUCUUUCUCUGAUGGGGAGUUCCCUUCGUUUUCUUCCUUUACAUUGAAUGGGAUACUUAUGUUAAUACAAAUGUGUCCAAUAAGAGAACUUGCUCUUGACCAUGUGUAUUCUUUUAAUGAUGUUGGAAUGCAAGCUCUUUGUUCAGCUCAAUAUCUCCAAAUCUUGGAACUUGUAAGGUGCCAAGAAAUUACAGACGACGGAAUGCAGCUUGCUGGCCAAAUUCCUCAAUUAUGUACAUUACGGCUGAGGAAGUGUUUGGGAGUGACCGAUGAUGGGUUAAAGCCUCUCGUCGGGUCUUACAAGUUAGACUUGUUGGUUGUCGAGGAUUGUCCACAGAUAUCGGAAAGGGGUGUUCAAGGAGCUGCAAAGUCGGUCACCUUCAAGCAAGAUUUGUCAUGGAUGUACUAAGCUUUCUCAUUUUAUAAGCAUUUUUCCAGAUGUUGUACAGGUUAGGUUGUUCCGUCUAUUCGACUUUUUUGUACAGUCAUUUUGUUUCAUAAACAAUUCUGUAAUCUGCAACACAGAGUCUGCUUAAUAAAGGUUAAUUCGAGUGUUUGUUUCCUGUG